GCUUGCCCGGGGCGCGGCAGAGGAGGCGACGGCGGUGGCUGAGGCGGCGGCGUGAGCGCGAGGCGGCGGCGGCAGCAGCCGGAAGAGAUCGGUCGCGCUGCGGCUUGGGCAGGUGUAAUGGAUAGGUAACAGAGAAGGAUUUCACUUGUCAAGGAGUCAAAAUGACUGAGUGCUUCCUGCCUCCUACCAGCAGCCCCAGUGAGCACCGUAGGGUGGAGCAUGGCAGUGGUCUUACUCGAACUCCCAGCUCUGAAGAGAUCAGCCCUACUAAAUUCCCUGGAUUAUAUAGAACUGGUGAGCCAUCACCUCCCCAUGACAGCCUACAUGAGCCUCCAGAUAUAGUGUCUGAUGAUGAAAAGGAACAUGGAAAGAAAAAAGGAAAAUUUAAGAAAAAGGAAAAAAGGACUGAAGGCUAUGCUGCCUUUCAGGAGGACAGCUCAGGAGAUGAAGCAGAAAGUCCUUCCAAAAUGAAGAGGUCCAAGGGAAUACAUGUCUUUAAGAAACCGAGCUUUUCUAAAAAGAAGGAAAAGGAUUUUAAAGUAAAAGAGAAACCCAAAGAAGAAAAACAUAAAGAAGAAAAGCACAAGGAAGAAAAACAUAAAGAGAAGAAAUCAAAAGACUUGACAGCAGCUGAUGUUGUUAAACAGUGGAAGGAAAAGAAGAAAAAGAAAAAGCCAACUCAGGAGCCAGAAAUGCCUCAGGUUGAUGUUCCAAGUCUCAGACCCAUUUUUGGGAUACCUGUGGCUGAAGCAGCAGAGAGGACCAUGAUGUAUGAUGGCAUCCGCUUGCCAGCUGUUUUUCGUGAAUGUAUAGAUUAUGUAGAGAAGUAUGGCAUGAAAUGUGAAGGCAUCUACAGAGUUUCAGGAAUAAAAUCAAAGGUGGAUGAGCUAAAAGCAGCUUAUGACCGAGAAGAAACUCCAAACUUGGAAGAAUAUGAACCUAAUACUGUAGCCAGUUUGCUGAAGCAGUAUUUGCGAGACCUUCCAGAAAACUUGCUUACCAAAGAGCUUUUGUCCCGUUUUGAAGAGGCUUGUGGGAGGAACACAGAGGGUGAGAAAGUGCAGGAAUUCCAGCGCUUGCUGAAAGAGUUGCCAGAGUGUAACUAUCUUCUGAUUUCCUGGCUGAUUGUGCACAUGGACCAUGUUAUAUCAAAGGAAUUGGAAACAAAAAUGAACAUACAGAAUAUUUCUAUAGUGCUCAGCCCUACUGUUCAGAUAAGUAACCGGGUCCUGUAUGUGUUUUUUACACAUGUACAAGAGCUCUUUGGAAAUGUAACUCUAAAACAGGUGACUAAACCUCUUCGAUGGUCUAACAUGGCCACUAUGCCAACACUGCCAGAAACACAAGAAAGCAUCAAAGAGGAAAUCAGAAGACAGGAGUUUCUUUUGAACUGUCUACACCGAGAUUUGCAGGCAGGAAUAAAAGAUUUAUCCAAGGAAGAAAGGUUAUGGGAGGUACAAAGAAUUUUAACAGCCCUGAAAAGGAAAUUGAGAGAAGCAAAAAGACAAGAAUGUGAAACCAAGAUUGCCCAAGAGAUUGCCAGCCUUUCAAAAGAGGAUGUUUCCAAAGAAGAAAUGAAUGAAAAUGAAGAAGUUAUAAAUAUUCUACUUGCCCAGGAAAAUGAGAUUCUGACUGAACAAGAAGAGCUCCUAGCCAUGGAACAAUUCCUCCGGAGACAGAUUGCUUCAGAAAAAGAAGAGAUAGAACGUCUCAGAGCAGAAAUUGCUGAAAUUCAAAGUCGUCAGCAGCAUGGCCGGAGUGAAACAGAGGAAUAUUCCUCUGAGAGUGAGAGUGAGAGUGAGGAUGAAGAGGAGCUGCAGGUCAUUCUCGAAGACUUACAGAGACAGAAUGAAGAGCUUGAGAUAAAGAACAAUCAUCUGAACCAAGCAAUUCAUGAGGAGCGAGAGGCCAUCAUUGAACUUCGAGUGCAGCUUCGACUGCUUCAGAUGCAGCGAGCAAAGUCCGAGCAGCAGGUGCAGGAAGACGAAGAGCCAGAAAAGCGCGGGGGCGGGCCUCAGCCGCAGAGAGACGGCGUCCCCGACACAAAAGCGGCGAAAGAGCAGCAGCCAAAGGCAGUCAAGGAGCAGGCGAAGCCCUCACCCAGCAAAGACCGGAAGGAGACACCCAUCUGAUCAGCUGUGCGAGGCGCCCAUGAAAUCUACUGGACUUAACAAGGACUGUGCAAUUUACUGUAAUGCUGAGAACAAGUGCGCGCA